GGAUAAUAAAAAAUAAAAUUAAUCUAGCGCUACCUGGCGACCUUAAAGGUGUGAAAACUGUCGGCUGCAGCUACAAAAAUAAAAGCUGAUGACUUUUAUUUUGAAGUUCAGAUUCCAAGCGUUGAACUUUGAGGUUUUAAUGUUCAUCCUCAGGAGUGUUUCUGGGCUCAGACUAAACCCUGGAUGGUGACACACUUUGAUUAUUUUCAUGUUAUUCUAUUUAUUUUCUGUCUGCCGGCCUUCCUCCUCCGGUAUUCUGACCGGAUCCUAAAAAUCAGAGACCUUUUAUCUGUAUAUUUUUGCAUCGUUUGCCCAGAGAGGCGUCCAGACUUUAUUUAUUAGCGGCUGAAGGACUGCUGAGAGGAACGCUCGGUGUUUUCAUGCAGCCUCGCCUGGACAGACGUGUUUAACCGCUGAAAUAAACUUGGUCUCAUGUGGAUGUGGUGCACUUAAACCUGAGAGUUUGUCUUUUAUCAGACGCUGGUUUUCGUCGCCGCCGUAUCUGAGGCAUGCUGGGAAUGUGAGUCAAGCUCUGCCAAUCACAGGUAAGGUAACACCAGGUGAGCUACAGGUAACGUCCAAUCAGGGUAUUCUGCUGCAGGUUUACUGGAUGGAGGAGCAGCGCUGAGGUUUGAUUCAUCCUGGGUCACGUGUCGAGUCGAUUUAUAAACUAAAACUCAGCAACAGCUGAGAUGUAAACAUGAUCCCAGUUCGGGCUUUAAAUCAGGUUUAAAUUAGCUUCAAAUCAGGCUCUAAAUCAGGUUUAAAUCAGGUUAAAAUCAGAUUUAAAUUAGCUUUAAAUCAGGCUCUAAAUCAGGUUUAAAUCAGGUUAAAAUCAGAUUUAAAUUAGCUUUAAAUCAGGCUCUAAAUCAGGUUAAAAUCAGGCUUUAAAUCAGACUAAAAUCAGGUUUAAAUUAGCUUUUAAUCAGGUUUAAAUCAAGUUUGAAUCAGGUUUAGAUUAGCUUUAGAUCAGGUUUGAAUCAGGUUUAAAUUAGCUUUAGAUCAGGUAUAAAUCCGGUUUAUAUCAAGUUUAAGAAAUGUUUAAAUCAGGUUUAAAUCUGAUUUAAAUCAGGUUUAGGUCAGCUUUAAAUCGGGUUUAGGUCAGGUUUAGAUUAUUUCAAAUUCAGGUUUAAAUUAGUUUUAAAUCAGGUUUAGAUCAGCUUUAAAUCAGGUUAAAAUCUGGUUCAAAUUAUCUUCAAACUUGAUUUAAAUCAGGUUUUAAAUGGCCUUAGAUGGUUUAAAUCAGGUUUAAAGUGGUUUAAAUUGGUUUUAUAUCAGGUUUAGAUCAAAUUUAAUUAAGGUUUAAAUCAGGUUUAAAUCAGGUUUAACUGGGGUUUAAAUUCGGCUCCAAUAAAUCUUGUUUUUGUCACAUUUAGAUCAGUCAUUCAAUUGUUUUUAAAUCAGGUUUAAAUUAACUUUAAUGUUUAAUUCCACUUUUGAAUUAGGUUAGCUUUGACAUAAAGAUGAAAUUGGUUUUAAAUCAUUUUUUUAAGUCGAGUUUAAAUCAGCUUAAAUAGUCAUUCAGCUGUUUUUAAAUCAAGUUUAACAUAACUCAGGUUUAGAUUCACUUUUGAAUCAAGUAAAGUUUAAAGUCAGCUAGAAGCAGCGCUGCAGAGGUUCAGUCUGUAGGUGUUGCAGGAAUCUGUGGAGCUGCGACGGUCGCAGGACGGCAUGCAGGAGUUGAGAGCAGCUGGAAUCUCACAUCGCUGCCAGACGCUUUUACCGCCGGAGAACUUAGAGUCCAAACCACAGGAUUCCUGAAGAAGCUCUUCAGACAGCAGCAGCUCUAAAAAACAAGACUGGAGCUGCAUUAGAGCUGCAUUAAAGCUGCAUUAGAGCUGCAAUAAAACUGCAUUAGAGCUGCAUUAGAGCUGCAUUAAAGCUGCAUUAAAGCUGCAUUAGAGCUGCAUUAAAGCUGCAUUAGAGCUGCAUUAGAGCUGCAUUAGAGCUGCAUUAAAGCUGCAUUAGAGCUGCUUUAGAGCUGCAUUAAAGCUGCAUUAGAGCUGCAUUAGAGCUGCAUUAAAGCUGCAUUAGAGCUGCUUUAGAGCUGCAUUAAAGCUGCAUUAGAGCUGCAUUAGAGCUGCAUUAAAGCUGCAUUAGAGCUGCUUUAGAGCUGCAUUAGAGCUGCAUUAAAGCUGCAUUAAAGCUGCAUUAGAGCUGCUUUAGAGCUGCAUUAAAGCUGCAUUAGAGCUGCAAUAAAGCUACAUUAGAGCUGCACGAGGAAACAAGCUGCAGCUGAGAUGUUUAGCUCAGAAUCAUGUCUUUAUUCCACAUCUGUCCUGAUGUUGUUAGAAUCAAACAGGAUGCCAGUUUGUAAUCCAGAUGAAGCCAAAAGUUUGAAAAAAUGAAUCUGUAAUCCAUCCUAAAUAUAAACAACAGAAAACAAAAUAGAUUUAUGAAGUAAAUCUGAACUAAUUAAACCAUGUUUAUAUUGGUUUUGUAUCAGGUUUACAUUAGCUGUAAGUCAGGCUUUAAAUCAGGUUCAAAUCAAGAUUAAAUUAGUUUCAUGUCAGGUUGAAAUCAAAUUUUAAUUGGAGUUAAAACAGCCUUGUAUCAGCUGUUCAUUAAGUUUUAAUCAGACUUUUAAUCUGGAUUUAAUUAAUUUCACAAUCUGGUUUAAAUCAGCUUUAAGUUUGAGUUAAACCAACUUCAUUUCAGUUUUAAGUCAGGCUGUAAAUAAGGUUUAAAUUAGGAUCAAAUUAGCUUCAUGUCAGGUUGAAAGCAGCUUUGAAUUAGAGUUAAAUUUGCCUUUCAUGUGAAGCACGGUGGUGGCAGCAUCAUGGUGUUCCUCAGCAGCAGGUCUUGGAAGGCUUGUAAAUGUAGAGGGUAAAUGAAAUCCUGGAGGACAACCUGAUGCAGUCUGAAGAGAACUGAGACUUGGAGAAGAUCAGUUUUCCAUCCAGACAAUGAUUCGAAGCAAACGAAGAUCCUUAAAGAUGGUUUGAAGACAACAAAGUGGAAGUUCUGGAGGAGUCAGAGUCCUGACCUCCAUCCACCUGAGAACUAGAGUCUGGACCUGAAAGGUUCUGUUGAUCAGGAUCCCUGAGGAACCUGACAGAGUUAAGCAGUUUAGAAAGAAGGACGAUCAGACUGAUGGAAACCAACAGCUGAAGGUUUCACUUUGACAUUAAAGAGUCUUUUCUGUAAGUUCUUUAUGUUGCUUUUAUUCUUGUUGUUUAAAUUUGACUCCAGUGAGUAAACACGUGACGUCAUGGGAUCUCCUUCCCUUAUCAUCAGAAGCCUCGUGGUGCCGUUAGCGUUAUCACCAUUAUCACCAUCAUCACCAUUAGAACCAUUAGAACCAUUAGAACCAUUACUACAGUCUCCAUGGUUUCCAGUUUUUCCUCCACGUUUGGAAUCUCUUUGAUUUUCUCAGCUUCAGUGACGAACCUCUGAUGUUCAAUCUGACCCAGGAUCAGUCGGCCUCCCAGGACGAAGGGUCAGGACCCCCCGGAUAACACCAGAUAGCACCACAACAAACAACACCACACUAAACCACACAACAACUCAACACAACACUAAUCAACAGAAGCAGCCGCCGUUUGCUGUUCAUGGAGCUUUAAAGGCUCAUUGAAACGCUCCAUUUGGACUUCAAGGCGGUUUAUCAGCUUCAGGUUUCACCGUCUGUCGGCUCCACAAUCAUCUGCAGCAGCUGGAUGGCUCUGUGGAAUCCAGAUGUUUCACCAGAUGUUUUCCUGCUCUGUUGUUUCAUCCAUUAAAUGUCCUCAGUUUCCCCAAUAAAUCCCAGUGAUCGGUCAAUCAGACAGAUUCAGAGGAAACUCUAAAAAGCUCCACAGAUGAUAUUUGACGACUAAAACUAAACACUGAACAUGUUCCUGUUCUAACGGGAGGAACUACAGGUUCAGUGAAGAACUGAGAACAGCUGGAACUCUAACAACAACUGGUGUUGGAUGCCAGAUUUGUGAUGAAAUUUAAUUUAAACCUCAGACCUCAGUUAGAAUGAUGCUUCUCAUUUUGUCUCACAUUUCUCAUUUUGUGUCUCUUUUCUCAUUUUGUGUCUCAUUUUUCUCAUAUUGUGUCAACUUUUUCUCACGUGUCAGAUUUUUGUCAUUUUGUCUCAUUUUUCUCAUUUUGUGUCUAAUUUUGCUAAUUUUGUGUCAUUUCUGUUGUUUUGUCUCAUUUUUCUCAUUUUGUGUCUCAUUUUUCUCAUUUUCUGUCUAAUUUUUCUCAUUUUUCUAAUUUUGUGUCAGUUUUCUCAUUUUGUGUCUCAUUUUGUGUCUCAUUUUUUCUCAUUUUGUCUAAUUUUUCUCAUUUUGUCAAAUUUUUCUAAUUUUCUCUCAUUUUUUUCUCAUUUUGUGACUGAUUUUUCUCAUUUUGUGACUGAUUUUGCUCAUUUUAUGGCUUAUUUUUCUCACUUGUGUUUGAUAGAUGAACUGGUAGCUGCAGAAUAUGAACAUUUUAGAGCUAAAAUGGUGUUUCUGGGAUUCUCAGGUUUAGACUCCAACAUCCAUCCAGACUGGACUCUCAUGGGCCCUCAUGACUCCUCUGAUCUUACCAGACCAGCUGAUGCUUUAUCGGUUGUCGCAUCAGAAAAUUACCCAGAAUCCAGCAGGAGCCUGAGGCAGCAGGUCAGAGAGAAACCAACAACCUGCAGCUUCUGAUCCAGCAGCAGGAAGUCAGAACGACCAGAAAAAUGUCUAAAUAUCAGGUAGAAACUUUGUCUUUUUGUUUUGUUUUUCUCAUUUUGUCUCUCUGGUAGAGUUUUGUGUGUUUGUGUAGUUUAGUGUCUCAUCUUGUUUGCAUCUCAUUUUUCUGAUCUUUAUCUCGUUUCUAGUUUUCUGUCCUUGUCUCCGACCACAGACAGACUAACCAGGUUAAACCGACUCUUGUUUCUGUUUGCAGCUGAUGCGAGUCUCGUUGUGAUUGUGUAACGAGGUGUUUUAGGUGUUUGUCACUAGUUGUGUCUCCAGAGAACAGAGGUGUCCUGCUUUAAUCUUCUUUAUCUGAAGCCUUAUAGUUCAGCUUUUACCCACAUCUAGCGGUUCCUGAUUCAGACCGUCCAAGUAUCAACAACCUGAACAUGAAACUAAUCUGCUCCGUUCAGUUUUCAUCUCAGGAGUGGAAAUGAAGCUUCAGGUCUGCAGCAGACAGAACCUGAGAUUUACUCCACAGAUCUGAGCAGUCGGACGUCUUUUCUUCUUCCUCAAAGCGCCGAUUCAAAGCUGGAAGUCAUGAAAAGUCCUAAAAGGUUCGAACACAAACAGCAGAAAGACUCUGGAGGUUCGACUACAGUGAAACACCAACAAGCAGCAGGAAGUCAUUCUAGAAACGGUCUGAUCUCAUUCUGGACAAUUUGUUCUGUUGGAGGUUUGAAGACUUUCUGAACAACAUUUGAGUCGUUUUAGUCAUUUGUGGAGAACAGGACCAUUCUGAAGUUCUUCAUUCUAGACAUGUUUUUGUCAUUCUGGUUGAUUGGAUGGAGUCAUAUCACAUGAUUUUCACAACAUUUGCUGGGUAACUUUGUAGGAUUUUCAGUUAUUUUGGACGAGUUUAAAGUCAGUCUGAACAUAUUUUGAGUCAUUGUAGACGAUUUUUAACUCCCCGAGGACCGUUUCCAUGACAACCUGAACAAGAUUUCACUUAUUCCGGAUCAUUUUUGCAUCUUUUUAGACUAUUUUUGACUAAUGUUAGACAAUUGAUGCUUCACAUUAUGAUGCUGCCACCACCAUGCUUCACACCAUGAUGCUGCCACCACCGUGCUUCACAUCAUGAUGCUGCCACCUCCAUGCUUCACAUCAUGAUGCUGCCACCACCAUGCUUCACACCAUGAUGCUGCCACCACCAUGCUUCACAUCAUGAUGCUGCCACCUCCAUGCUUCACAUCAUGAUGCUGCCACCACCAUGCUUCACAUCAUGAUGCUGCCACCACCAUGCUUCACACCAUGAUGCUGCCACCUCCAUGCUUCACAUCAUGAUGCUGCCACCUCCAUGCUUCACAUCAUGAUGCUGCCACCACCAUGCUUCACAGUGGGGAUGGUGUGUUUGUGAUGAUGUUCAGUGUUUGGUGUCCAUCAAACAUAUCAUCUAGUCUGAUGGACAUAAAGCUCCAUCCUGGUCUCCUCAGACCAAAGAACCUUGUUCCAGGUGUCUUCAGAGUCUCCACAUGUCUUCUGGUGAACUCUAGUCCACAUUUAAUUGGAGCUUUUUUCUCUUUGUCUCCAUGAAGCUCUGACUGGUGAAGAACAGAUGACAGUUAACUGAUGUUUCUGUAUAAUAAUUAGUCUUUUUUGUAAUUUUUUGUCAGAAUAUCAAAAAAAAAAAUAAUCAUGAAUCAAACUAGAGAAGAAAUAAAAGAGUAAAACUUCAGAGGAGGAUAAAUACUUUAUUUAGACUCUAAUAUAUUUUAUUUUACAUUAGAUUUAUUAUUUUACUUUAAUACAGAACCAGUGAUGAUCCACUGAUACUGAAUCUGUACUUUUCCUUUUCAGUUUUAAUGAAGUAAACUAGUGAAUAAAGUACUUUAAUACAGAGUAUUACUGCCCUGUACUACCUGUACUGCAGUACCAGCCCUGAUGCUUGAUCCCAGUAACACCAGGUUGUGGUUUUACCGGGAGGAGGCGGGUCGGUGCGGAGCUUUAAGACCUCAGCAGCUGGAGGUUCUGCUUCAUUUCUGGACCAGAAGCAGCACCAUGUGGAUCGGAGAGACCAGGACCUGUGUACCGGAGCUGCCCGGGGCUGAGCGUCUGCUCCGGGGCAGGGACUGAGGAGCUCUGCGGGGAUCAAGUUUUGGAGACUCGUCUCUGAUCCGGACCAGACAUGGAGACCUGCUGCCUGCUGCUGGUCCUGGUCCUGGUUCUGGGCUCCGGGGUCCAGCAGACCCGCUCCCAGCACUACUACCUGCUGCGGCCGGUGCCCGGUGGCUCCCUGCCGGUGGAGCUGCUGCGGGAAGACCCGGACCCGCUGCUGGACCCGGAGGAGAAGGACCUGAACGAGACGGAGCUCCGCGGGGCGCUGGGGGGACACUUCGACCCGCGGUUCAUGUCGGUGUCCGCCCCGGAGGACCGGAGCCCCGGAGAGGACCGGGACGAGGCGGAGCGGCUGCAGCUGAGCGGCUCCAUGCCCAGACAGAUCCGGACUCUGGACUUCUCGGCGCCGCUCGGCAGGAAGCAGCGGCGGCGGAUGCAGCUGUGGCUCUGGUCCUACGGACUCUGCCCGGUGCUCCGGACCUGGACCGACCUGGGGAGCCGCUUCUGGCCCCGGUACGUGAAGGUGGGCAGCUGCUACAGCCGGCGGUCCUGCUCGGUACCGGAGGGGAUGCUGUGCAGACCGGCCAAGGCCUCCAGCUUCACCAUCCUCCGGUGGCGCUGCGUCAGGAAGACCGGCCUCCGGUGCGCCUGGAUCCCGGUGCAGUACCCGGUGGUGUCCGAGUGCAAGUGUUCCUGCAGCGGCUGAGAGGAGACACACUGGAGACUAGACAACCAGAAAAAACUGGACAAUAAAGCAGAAAAACUGUUUCAGACUUUAAAGGGGUUUUAGGGGUUUGGGGGA